AUGAGAUGGAUAUAUGAGGCUGUUCUCAAACCCAGGCUGACGUACGGAGCGGCGGUGUGGUGGAAGCGAACAGCCCUCUCCACCUCAAACAUCCUCCUAGAGCGACUAAGGAGUCUAAUCGUGAGGAGCAUCUCGGGCGCAAUCAAGUCGACACCAACGGCUGCACUGGGACUGUUGCUUAAUAUAGAACCACUAAAAGUGACACUGGCUGCAGCGGCUGCGCAAGCCCUGCACAGGAUCACCAACUCGCUCGGGAAAGGCAAUAUGCAAGGACUACUACAGCUCCCCAAAGGAUUGGACGAAAAAGGGAUUCUUCGGAUGAACCCGGACGCCAUGAGCAAAACCUUCCUGUUUGAUAAGAAAUAUAGACUAAGCAUCCCAUCCCGUGUGGAACGGGAUGACGAAAGAAUAAACAUCCCUAACAACGGAGACCUGUGGUACACAGACGGAUCCAGAAGGAAGGAUGCCGCAGGAGCGGGGGUGUACUGUCGUCAGAACGGCGUUGGAACAAUCCUGCCGUUGAGUCGAUACACCACCGUACUACAAACGGAGCUGAUAGCAAUCAUGUGGGCGGCGCAAGCAGCAUUAGCAGGGAGCAUGCGCCCGCGGAUUUAUAUCUGCUCUGAUAGCAAGAGUGCCCUACAAGCACUUGAUAGCUUCGCCACUAAAUCUAAGCUGGUAUGGGACUGUGUGCAGACCCUAAACAGACUAGCUCUCAAAGCAAGUGUCACACUAUUAUGGGUCCCGGGGCACAACGGUGUCAAGGGAAAAAUGAUAGCAGACGACCUGGCUAAGCUAGGCGCAAAAAGCGACCUUAUAGGACCAGAACCGGCUGUCCGACUCUGCCAGAGUCUGAUCAAAGGGGAGAUCAGACAAUGGGCAACCAAUGAGACCAACCGGAUCUGGGAAGAAAUCGCCACGUGCGGCAAAACUAAAGCCUUCGUGACGACAGAUAAUGCAAAAGAUUGGUCCAGAGCAAUUCUAGGACUCAAAAGGGCUAAAACCAAGCUGCUCGAAGAGAUCCUCACAGGUAACGGCAGCCUAAAUGCCCACAGACAUUCAAUGGGACGAAACAAAGACCCAUUUUGCAGAUUUUGCUGCACGGAGGAGGAGACCCCUGAACACCUCUUGUGCAACUGCCCCGCCAUAACGGGCAUGAGGCAGCGCCAUCUAGGUACCCGUUUCUUAGAAGCGGAAGAUGUUCAGGCCAAGCACACCCCCGGAAUUCUUUCAUUCUGGGAGGCGAUUGGCGCUUGA